GGUGGGGCAAGACCUGGACAAAGUUUUAGCGCUAGGCAAGCGCGGGAGGGCCCUCUCAAAGUCAAAACCAUCAACGGAAACCGAUUUGUUUACCUUCACCCACUCGCCAAUUCCUUCUCCACAGCCUCAACUUUACACCAGACACGCCUCCCACGAUCGCUCUCUACGCAACACCGCCCAAUCGAGGGAAAGAUCAACUUUACGAAUACCCAGGUGAUCGCGUGUCGGUAUCUCCAUCCGCCUUGUUUUCGCAUAAUUCAACAGCGACUGUUUUCGACUCCCUGAGAAACCCCACGUACACUCCGCGAGCUGAGCUCGGGCGCUCGUUUUGACGUGAUCUUGGUCUUUCCGUCGUGGAUCCUGGCCAUCUCCCGAUCACCAGAAAAAUAGUUUUCUUCUGGUCCCACGCAAACCUGCGCAAGUCCAAAUUUCCUACACCGGGGUCGGCGAAGAUGGCGAAUGCGGAGCAAAUGGGCAUCGACACUAGCCGCCGCAACCCAACUCCGAGGCCGCUGACGGAUGACGAACGUGCACGCCUCGAUGAGUUUAUUGAUUCGAUACAUUAUUCUACGCGAUACUCCGACAAUGAAUUUGAGUACCGCCACGUCCAGCUGCCCAAAGCCAUGCUCAAAGUCAUUCCCGCUGAGUACCAUGACAAGUCUAAGGGUACAUUGAAGCUUUUAUGGGAGGAAGAGUGGCGAGGAAUGGGAAUUACACAGAGUCUGGGUUGGGAACAUUAUGAGGUCCACGAGCCAGAGCCCCAUAUCUUGCUCUUCAAACGCCCUCUAAACUACCAACCGCCCCAGUGAGCAGGGUCGGCGCGUGGGGGCGGGAAAGACUCGGCGCUUGUGGCACAUCUUGCGUUAUGAUGCUUACGGCUGCAUCGCGAUGCUCGCAUAACGCAUGGACACAAUACCAUCGACAACGCAGGGAACGGUUAGGGUACCACGGAGCAUCGCAUAUCCCAACUCUGUCUCGACCGACGCCUCCAUCCACAUCACCUUCCCGCUCUCAUGGAUCCAGCCAACAUGGGAAGCGAUUGGCUGAUGACCUAUACGCGAUUUUGAGGUAAGGACUCGGUGAUAAUGGGCCGUUUGGCGAAUACUAGCGGACACUACCCGUCGCCGACAGAGUAAUCGCAUCCGGCCAGGGCGAUUCAUGAACGCAUGUGAGCUCGC